GAGUUUUUUGUGUUGUGCCUAUUUCGACGUUUUGCUCUCGCGUUUUUGAAUGAGUUCUGCAAAGCUCUACCAAGCACCGACGAGCGCUGCUGCGUCAACGGCGAUGGCGAUGGUGGGCGAGGACGACGAGGCGAGCCAGCUCGUGGUGGUGCUCGAGACCAAUCCGCUUGUCAUGCAGGCGAGCGUUGCCGUCACUGCUGCGUCCUGUGCGGCGACCACCACUCCGCUGGCAACCGGCAUCAGUGCUGCCUCGAGUCCAGAGGGCAAGCUGCCGUUCGGCGCGCUCGUCGAUGCGCUGCUCUUGCUUGCCAAUGCGCACCUCCUCAUGCGCAGGAGCAACUCGGUCGCCUUCGUCGCCAGCCACAUCUCAGAGUCCCUGCUGCUCUACCCAACCCCAGAGGAUACCUCUGGUGUCAAGAGACGCGAAGGCGCAAUUCCUAUGGACGCUGGCGACGAAGAGCCAAAGCGACAGGUAGAAUCAUCAUCGCGUCCGAUCGACGACGGCAUGCACGAGCAGUUUGCAUCGGCCAACUUGCGUGUUGCUGCUGCACUGCGGGAACUCGUGCUCCGGCCAGCUCCAUGGCAAGACCAGAAUGGCCAUGAAGCAACAGACACAACCGGCGCAGCAAAUGGAUUGAAAGCACCAACAAAACCUCCAAUGAGCUCCGCCAUGACGUCGCAGCUCGUUUCGUCCCUCUCUGUCGCUCUGUGUCACAUCAACAAGACCAGGAGGGCACUACCACCAGGCGUGGUCUGUCGGUCGCGCAUUUUGGUUGUCCACGCGGCUGAAGACGUGCCAGCGCACUACGUACAAUUGAUGAACACCAUUUUUGCCGCGCAAAAACUGGGCGUCAUCAUCGAUGCCCUUAUUUUGACGCCCGACGACUCGGGUUUCCUGCAGCAAGCCGUAGACUUGACGAAAGGGGCGUAUAUCAAGCUCCAGUCGAAUGACGAUCUCGUUCAGACGUUAAUGAUGUUUGGACUUGCUGAUCGGGCUGCAAGAGAACUCCUGAUUCUACCACAGCCGACUGUCGUGGACUAUCGCUCGGCGUGCUUUUGCCACCGCCGAAUUGUCGACGUGGGCUUUGUCUGUUCAGUGUGUCUUUCCAUCUUUUGCGAUCAGCGAGGGCUAUGUCCGACAUGCGGAACGCGGUUUAAGUUGCCGAUGAAGCCUCAAGCAAUCCGCAAAGUUUAGCAACAACCUUUUGUUCGAAAAGCUCGGAUUUACGCGUCGCCCUUGUAUUCUUCAUUAAACAAUAAGCCA